AUUUAUGAUUAAUACAAGCAAUAGUUUUCCCACAAGAUUUCAAAACGCUAUUAGCAUGAGUGAAGGGCUGCCUUAUUACAACUCAAGCUUCCAGGAAAUAAAUAUGCCCAUUAUUUCUAACCUCCAAGUCGAUAAUGUAUUGAAGAAAUCAGACUUUUCUGAACUCAGGGCAGGCGAUAUAGCAUUUCUCAAAUUGGAUAACACAGGGAUCCUAGUCCCAGCAAUCAUUGAAGAAGUUGGUGUGAUUGAUGAAUCUGACUUUUGCUCAAUUAACACCGUUUGACAAAAUUUUCAUGAUAAUAAUUCUUCUACUGCCUUUGACCAAUACUAUCAUAAAGCUUGUGAUAAGAGUCAAGCAAGGUCUUUACCGAGUCCUAGGCCUUCAGGAAAUGUCUUUUCAAGCACUAAACUUCAGCCAGAUCCUAGAUGUCUUUUUGGUAUGAAUUUCUUCAAUCGUGAGAACUCUGGACAGUCAGACAUUACAGAAAUGGCUCCUCUCCAAACCAAAGGAGUGUCAAAAGCUUACAAAGAAUCUAUAAGUGAGUCUUCGAAAGAAAUAGAAGAGCCAGGGAAGUCUGCCGAACCUAUUCUUGAUCGAGCUGAGGAAAAAGAAUGACUUCAAAGACCUUGCAAAAGGACAAAAAUUGUCUUCUCACAAGAAUUACUCCAAUACGAAGGAUACUAUCAUCAAGUCUCGAAGGGAAGAAAAAAGAGAGGCGUCAAAAGAUCCAUGAGAUAUUUCUGAAAGUACGAAAAAUGCAGAAAAGGCUUCUACAGAGCCCAAAACCUUGUGAUGCAUCUUAGAGUGCAUUUCAAGAUCAAGAAAUAUCAGUGUGAGUACUGUGAAGAGAAGUUCAUUCAGAGAGGCAAUCUGGAUAAGCAUAUCAAGCGCCACUGUGCUAUCAAGAAUAAAAUCGACCAAGAAGGGAUAAUAGGAGGUUAACUAAUUACUCUUUCAAUUCGAAA